UGCGCGGGGACGGAGCCGGGCCGGACGGGCACAUGCAGGGAGCGCGGAGGCGGCAGUUCCCGCCAGCGGCCCCGGGCUCCCAGCAGCCGGGCGGGUCCUUCUACCAGGGCAGGCAUGGGUCAACGAAGAAUGAAGAUGCGUUUAAGACAUCUCAGUUUCAUUUUGACCUGUGGUUCUACUUCACUCUACAGAACUGGGUGUUGGACUUUGGCCGUCCAAUAGUUAUGAUUAUUCUGCCUUUAGAGUGGUUUCCUUUAAACAAACCUAGUGCAGGAGAUUAUUUCCAUAUGGCUUACAAUGUUAUCACGCCAUUUCUUCUUUUAAAGCUCAUUGAAAGGUCCCCUAAGACCCUGCCCAGAUCAGUGGUCUACGUCAGCAUCAUCGUGUUCGUCAUGGGAGCGAGCAUCCAUUUGGUGGGCGACUCCGUCAACCACCGUUUGAUUUUCAGCGGGUACCAGCACCAUCUGUCCGUAAGAGAGAACCCAAUCAUCAAAAACCUCAAACCGGAGACGCUGAUUGAUUCUUUUGAGCUGCUGUACUACUACGAUGAAUACUUAGGGCAUUCAAUGUGGUAUAUUCCUUUCUUUCUCAUACUCUUCAUAUAUUUUACCGGCUGCUUCACACCCAUUAAAGAAGAGAGCAGAAUGCCAUUAGCCGCCUUGCUCCUGAUGGGGCCAAGCAGCCUUUAUUACUGGUACCUUGUGACAGAAGGUCAGAUUUUCAUGCUCUACAUUUUUACGUUCUUUGCCAUGAUGGCUUUAGUCAUGCACCAGAAACGAAAAGGACUGGUCUUGGACAGCAACGGACUCUUCUUCUUCUACUCUUACAUUAUUACAUUGGUCUUAAUUGGCGCUUGGGUGGUUUGGCUGUGGAAUGACAAAAUCCUCAGGAAGAAGUAUCCUGGCGUCAUUUACAUUCCAGAGCCCUGGGCCUUUUAUACCUUACACCUGAGCAAUCUCCAUUCGGCAAAGGAAGGUUUUUAAGUGGCGAUAUCUUCGGAGUGGUUUGCAAACAGAUCUCUUGCUUUUCCUAAUGUGGGUGUGUUUCAAAUCAGUUUCUGACCAUGGUAGCUGGACCGUGUGCUGUACGCUAACACGACCCGGGGACAGAGGUUUGUUUGAAUCGGAGGGGAGGUGUUAAGUCUGCUGUGAAAUACUUGCUCUAGUGUGUUGUAAGUUACUUUCCCAAGCUGCCGUUUGACGCGUUCUAGUUUGCAUUGAGUGCAGUACAUAACUGACCUUGGAGGGAACACUGACAGAUGCUAGUUGGUACCCAAACAGAAUGCAGAAUGGCCUAGUCCUGGUGUACCGCAAAAUUUCAUCCUAAUGUAGCACACAAUGGGGCAUUUCCCCCUGUCUUUGGUAAAGUGCCAGCCUUUCCUUUCUGAGCCGAACAGGGGAACUGCUCUCAUUCCUUCACCUCUGGAAACAUGCCAUGCAAUGACAUCAGAGCAGCGGUUCUCUAUGGGUCAGGACCCUAUUUUAAUGGGGUCAUCAGGGCUGGCGUUAGACUUGCUGGAGUCCGGGGCCAAAGCCAAGCCCAAGAGCUUCAGCCCUGGGUGCCUGGGGCUCAAACUCCAGGUUUUUGCUCCCCCCAGCACAGGGCAGCAGGGCUCAGGCUUUGGCUCUGGCCCUCCUGCCCAGGGCAGCGGGGGCUUGGGCGGGCUCAGGCGUUGGUCCCUCCUCCUGGGGUCAUGUAGUAAUUUGUGUUGGCAGAAGGGGCCGCGGUGCAGUGAAGGUUGAGAACACCAGCUUUAGAGAACUCAUCCUCUGAGCCUGGCACAGCCGAGCAAGCCAACAUCUUGGCAUGAAUCCUUGUGGGCAGAAUUCAUCCCCACCUCCCAUACUACAUACACAAAGGCAUUGAGUUAGGGGCCGCAUGGGGCUUGGAGCAGGGAGGGCAGUUCAGCCUACACUUGGGGGCUGCUACUCCAGCCUAGAAUAGGGGCUGCAACUGUGUGCCACUUACACCGGGGGUCAUGGGCAUGUGUAUUUUAGACCCAUGGCCACGUUCUCCCUACCCCCAGCCAUGCACUAGGGUCUGGUAUUGUGCACAGGGAUUGUUAACAGAGAGGAAGUGAAACUAAGCAUCUUUGCACGAGUAAGCUACACAUGCCACAGCUGCUUUAAAGCAGAAGACACCCCCUUCUCCCCCCCCCCACACACCCCCAACAGGAACCAAAGAGCAAACGCAUUUGGCAGCUCACAGAUGGCCAGCAGGUUAGGAGUUAAGGGAUAACGCCCCCUGGAUCCUGCCGCCCUACACGGCGACUCUCACUGGCUGACUUUAGUUCCUUCUGCCCAUUGUGGGUUUGGACUUUGCGACUGGGCUGAACACUCUCGGGGUGGGAGACCUGCUAACACCACAGCAAUGAGGGGCCGGAAGGACUGAUCAGUCCACCCUGAGCGAGGCAGGACUGGGACUGCACAAAGGGUUACACUCCUCCCUGCAUUAAUGACGUGGCUCACACACCCUUCCCUCGCCCAGCCAUUUCCACCCCAAUCUUUCCCCCCAGCCCAGCUGUUCCCCACACACUUGUUCUCUCUUUCCACUCCCUCCAUUCCCUUCAUUCUCUUCCAGGCAGGGUGGCAGCUGGUAUCUGGCGUGGUCUCUUUCUCAGCUCCCUGCUGGACCAUGGCAUCCCCCAGAGCGGAGGAGAGGGGGCUGUAGGUCCUGCCUGCUCUGGGGACUGGUGCUGUAGCAGGAUUCCGUCUGCACCUCUCCCCUCUCCCACUGCUGCCUGCUUACUCUGCUUGUGCUGAUUGGCAAGUGCCCUUCAGCUGGUUCCCACUGACAAGACAUCACUAUAGGCUUAAAAAUAGGGCCGGGUUUGAGGAAACGCCUGCCCCGUAGCCCUCUGUAACCUGUCAGGAUAGUCACAACUACAUUAACCGGCCAAGUGCGUCACUUCGUCUCUGUGAGAAUUUAACCAAUAGGUUUUACUAGAUUCCUGUCUCUGGACAGCACCGGAGUUGCCAGGGCUAGGCCAGGGAUCCUUUUAAUCUCCCCUCCCACCCAAAUUCCUACCUUCGUUUCCUCACUCUCAGGAUAUACAGUAUUAAUGCAGACUUUGAUUUCCCUUCCUGGAAGCCUUUAACGAAAUAAAGCAGGAAUCCGGGUUUAACCUACCUGCAGCUCAGACUGACUUCAAUGCAUAUCUGCCAAUUCUUCAGCAUAUUCCCCUGCCUCUCAGCACAGCACGGGGCUCGCCAAUCCUGCCAGGUUCUGAGCGCCAUCCACAUCCACUGUUAGCAGCGAGACUUGAUGAUCUUCAGUGCCGCGCAGGAUCAAGACCAAAGGGUCUCUCUCUGCAUUUUCCGUGCUCCACAGAGCUGAAGGGAAGACUCAUUUUGCUGGCAGGGCAGCUUGCAGAUAACACUGUGAUUUUAAGUGGGCAAACCUGCAAGAAUCAGAGACACAGAAGUCAGUUCCUGUACCUGGCAGCGCCCAGAUUCUGCAUUUCUUUUCAGGUGACCUGAAAUGAGGCCUGUUCAGUGACUGCCAGACUUUCAGUUGAAUUUGGCAGCUUGUCAAGCACAAUCUAGUGACCCCUUGAGUGGAAAGUGUCUGUGUAAGUGUAGAAUAUACUUUGAAUCAGCCACGUUCCUCCAUUAUUUUUGCAUGCUACAUCCAGUCUGGUGUCGGUAGCUCCUUGUGUCCUUUGUAACACAACUCACUAAUCCUCUUCUAACACUCGGGUAGUGAACACUUAAUGCAAUAUGUGUGCAGAAUCUUUCUGAACUAAAGCUCGUUUUUAUCUCCUGGAAUUCUGUGGCUAAUCCUUGUUGUUAUUUGUAUCUGUCACAUCGUAUUACACCCGAGUGUGGCACAACACAAGUAUAAAAUGAAGUGUUCUCCACAAAACCAAUUCCAAAAUAAAAACAUUUGCAUAUGG